AUGGAUACCAAUGACCGUACACGAAUCCGAGACGUAAGCGCACCGCGCGACGAUGUUCGAAUGAAUGGCGAUCCCUCUCAGAUCCAACCACCAUCUGGUCCGAGUAGUUAUCGAAAUGGCAACUACAACUACGACCGCCCUCCCCCGACCGGACCCUCGCGCAGUUUCACCCAGCCAACCAAAGCUUCACCCCCUACAGGCCCUGCAUCAACAUCCGCGUCAGUGUCUGCCCAUAACCGUGGCGGAGGAGGCGGCGCAGGUACGCUGGGGGCUCCCACCCGACCUCGCGGCGCGCCUGGCCCUGGUCGAUACGACGGCCCUCCUCCCAGAGACUUCAGCAGCCCGCCUCUACGCGGAGGUCGAGGGAGUUUGGCGUACCGUGGACCUGGGCCAUAUGGGCCAAGAGGGGGAGGGCUUGGUGGCCGAGGUGAAUAUGGUGGCGGAAGCAGAGGAGACUUUGGAGGACGCAGUGACUAUGGUGGGGGCGGCAGAGGAGACUUUGGAGGAGCCGGUGGACGAGGCGAUUACGGAAAUCACCGCGGAGGUGGUGGAUUUGGCCGCGGCAGCAGCAGCAGUGGCGGCGGCGGCGGCGGCGGCGAUCCACCGUCGUUCCCUUUCCGCAGCAACAACAACAGCUCAAGCACGACGUAUCCACGAAGCCAACGAUUCAACGGUACAGCGAAUACGGUCCAACACCAUCUCACCACCAAUGAGAAGAUAGUCCCGGGCGGCAAACUGCUCCCGUCUGGACUCCCGCCUGACCAAGAGAAACGCAUCAAGGCACUCGAAGCUGAGGCCGAGCGCAUGCGGACGGAAAUUGCCGAGAAGCAGAGAACGAAGCGUGAGGUCUUGAAUGAGUGGGAAGUCCGCGAACGUGAGAGCGAGAGGGAAACUCUACGUAGCGAGCUUGCCGAUGCACAUUUGCAGCAAUUGAUGGAGGGAGAUGAUGGGUUGGGGCGCGCGGCUUUCUAG